AUGCCACGGAACGGCGACGCGCCCUCGGGGCUGGAUAAAGGGGUCAGCAGCUCGAAAACGGCCCCGGAGUGGCUGCAUCCGGAUCAUGUCAUCAUGAACGAAGGGGUCACGUUCGACGUGCGGUACAUUGGAUGUUUGGAAAUAAAGGCUUCCAUGAAAAAACUAGACUUCCCAACGCGAUCGCAGGUGGCAAAAGAAUGCAUCAAUCGAGUAUGCGAAGCUGCCAGCUUGAAAAGCUCGAAGAAACGGCGGGUGGAUAAAAGAGUGCUCCAAUGCAUAUCCGACACACCCGAUAUGGAGCAUGCUGGCACUAAUGUGACGCUUACGGUUUCCAGCAAGUACCUGUCACUGGUAAACGUCGAUACGGGCGAGAUUAUCGCCAAACACGACAUGCCGAGAAUAUCGUUCGCUUCCGGUGGGGAUACGGAUACACUCGAUUUCGUUGCUUACGUCGCGAAAGACCUAAACGAAUGGAGGGCGUGCUACGUGUUGGAGUGUGGUGGCAGCUUGACCCAGGAUCUGAUCGCGACCGUCGGACAGGCGUUCGAGCUGCGGUACAAGGAGUUCUUCAAGCAGCCGGAAACGCAGAACAAGUUCCGCGAGCUGACGCGCUCGGACAAGGAGUACUACAACGAUCUACCGGACAAAAUGCCGCCUGAUCUGCUUACGGAGAACGAUCAUCAUUCGUCGUCGCAAUCGCACAGUUCCUCCAGCGCAAAGCAGACUCGUGAGAGAUUACCGAGCAAUUUGAUCGACUUGAACACGCCGCUUCCUAGCCAUGAUUACGUCAACGAUAAACAUUCGAACGCAAACAACGCGCACAGCAAUAAGUCAAUCUCUUCCAGCUCGAUCGUGAAGGAUGUGUUCGACAUGCAACCAUUUACUAUCUCAUCGGAGAUACAAAAGUCACAGCUGCUGACCGAAUCGUGGUACCAUGGCAGCAUAAGCAGGGCGCAGUCGGAACACUUGCUGAAGAACGAUGGCGAUUUUCUGGUACGGGAAUCGGCCGGUACGCACGGACAGUACGUAUUGACCGGCAUGCAGAACAAUUCGCCCAAACACCUCCUCCUCAUCGAUCCGGAAGGAAUCGUACGAACCAAAGAUCGAGUCUUCGAUAGUAUUAGCCAUCUUAUAAACUUUCACUGGACUAACUCUCUGCCGAUCAUCUCUGCGGAGAGUGCUCUGUUGCUUCGGCAUCCGAUACUACGGACAACCGACUUGCUGUCGAAGGCCAAACAGGCCCAUCUGAACCUGCAGUAG